GAGGAGCUUAUUUGCAUUAAAAGGCGUUUUGGGAGAGGUGUUUUUUUUAUUUUUAAAGAAAAGCGCGUUGGGAAAUUGAUAUUUUAACUACAGUACCCACAAUUCAACUGCAAAGUACACGCGUCGACGUAAAACGUCAGUCACAACAAGGAAGUCGAUGCUCGUGCUACCUGUAUUUCUUGUACUAAUCUCCUUAGACACAGAGGGACAGUUGGUUUUGUAAAACGACGCACGUAAAGAUUACGUUGAUCUUGUCUUGUGCAACAAAGCCGUCAACUGCCGGGUUCUCUGGAUAUGUAACUGUCAUCUAAGAAUAUAAAAGCGGAAGCUACAUCAGGUGCAUGGGUGAAAUGAAUGGUAGCAAAGUUAGAUAGUCCUGCUCUCUCAUUCAUUCAUACGGAGACAACGUCCCCCGUUUUAAUGGGCAGAUUCCUCUGACGUUACAAGCAGACCCGCCUCGGUAUUGACAUUCAAAAUGAGGAUGAUCACCUUCUUCCUGAUUGGGCUGGCAGUCCAUGUGGUCUUCUUCGUCUCUAUUUUUGACAUCUACUUCACCUCUCCACUGGUCCAUGGCAUGACACCCCAGGUCACACCACUGGGACCCCCAGCCUCCAGGCUAGUGUUAGUGGUGGGCGACGGUCUCAGAGCAGACAGUCUCUUCACCCUCCUGCCCAACGGCUCAUCCAGGGCCCCAUAUUUGAGGAGUGUGAUAGAGCAGAGGGGUACCUGGGGCGUGUCACACACACGCGUGCCCACUGAGUCUCGUCCCGGUCACGUUGCUCUCAUCGCUGGCUUCUAUGAGGACGUCAGUGCUGUUGCCAAAGGGUGGAAGGAGAAUCCUGUGGAGUUUGACUCGGUGUUUAAUGAGAGCAGACACACCUGGUGCUGGGGCAGUCCUGAUAUUCUGCCCAUGUUUGCCAAAGGUGCCAGCGGUGACCAUGUGUAUACACACACAUACCCCGCACAGGAGGAGGACUUUGCCUCCACAGACGCCUCCAGGCUGGACAGCUGGGUGUUCAAUCAAGUCAAAUCACUCUUUCAGUCAGCGAAGUCUAACUCCAGCCUGAGGGAGAGUCUGCUCGAGGAUAAGAAUGUCUUCUUCCUGCAUCUGCUGGGCAUCGACACAAAUGGACAUGCUCACAGACCAAUGUCACAGGAGUACCUGGAAAAUGUUGCUCUAGUAGACACUGGUGUAGCUGAGCUGGUGUCUGUAGUAGAGGAAUUCUUUGGUUAUGAUGGCAGAACAGCCUACGUGUUCACCUCUGAUCAUGGCAUGACAAACUGGGGUUCACACGGUGCAGGCCACCCCUCAGAGACGCUCACUCCAUUAGUGGUGUGGGGAGCCGGAGUUCAAAGUGCCCACAGAGUGACUGAUGCCCAACCCUACACCGAUGGGUAUCUGCAAGAUUGGAAACUGGAGCACAUUCGCAGAGUUGAUGUCAAUCAGGCGGACAUCGCUCCCCUCAUGGCAUCUCUCAUUGGUGUGCCCAUUCCUGUCAACUCUGUUGGCGUGUUACCUCUUCUCUACCUUAAUAACAGUGAGCAGUUCAAGGCAGAGAGCAUGUACGCCAAUGCUAUUCAAGUACUGGAGCAAUUCAAAGUGAAAAUGACCCAGAAAAAGGAGACAACCUUGUCUUUUCUCUUCACCCCAUAUCAACUACUGACUGAGUCAAAACAAGCAGAAUUCAUCCACAAGGCCAGAAUACUGAUUCAGCUGGAGAAGUACAGGGAUGCUAUCUCUCUGUGCCGGUCUCUGAUAUCCCAUGCUCUGGAGGGCCUGGUCUACUACCACACCUAUGACAGGUUCUUCCUGGGUUGCAGUGUGGUGCUGGGAUUUGUAGGCUGGACGUCGUACGUAGUCGUCGUAAUACUCAAGACUCAUGCCAGCCUUAACAGACACCCCAGCCUCCUCAAACAGAUUCCCAGUCAUACCUUGGCAAGGCUGUGUAUGUGUGUGACAGCGGCGAUCACUGUGUUCCUGCUUAUCCAAAGAAGCCCGGUUACCUACUAUAUUUACUGCCUGCUGCCUGUCCCUGUAUGGUACUCUGUCCUCAAAGAGUCUGGAACUCUGACAGAUUUGAUUCGCUCAGCUCCCUCCCUGCCGCUGUGGAAAUGCUUUGGCUAUUUUCUGCUGUUGGCGCUGGGGAUCGAGCUCCUGGUGGUGAGUUUCUUCCAUCGCGCCAUGCUGACUGUGGGCCUGGCCGUCCUCUCUCUCUGGCCCUUCCUGUCAGGGCUUUAUGGCAAAUCCAAGUUCCGAUCAGUGAGCUGGUUUCUGGGCUGUCUGUGUCUUGCUGCUUUCCCCCUGAUGCCGGUUGUGGGCAGAGAGCCUAACAUACAUCUGGUCACCUGCGCCGGUCUGCUCACUCUCUUCACUUCGGUCUGUUACCUGUGGUCGUCAGGACGGAGAGCACCGCUGCACCUUAGUGACAAACAGCAGUUUGUCGCCCAGAUGCUCCAUGUGGCGGUGUGUGCGUACGUGCCAUCCCUCACACACUCCAGCCUGCAGCAGAAACAGGGCCUGCCCCUUCUCAAUCAGAUCAUCAGCUGGACCACGCUAGCAUCUUCUAUGCUGGUUCCAUUGUUGAGCUCCACACGUCUUUUCCACCGACUCCUCAGCAUCUUCCUCUCUCUCACAGCCACAUACCUGCUGCUCAGCACUGGGUCAGAGGCCUUGUUCCCCCCAGUGUUGUCUUGGUUGAUGUUCGUGUGGAUCAACAUUGAACAGGAAGCCAUGCUCGCUCAGGGUGUCUCUGGCAGACAAGAGCUCUCCACUAUUGAUUUCUCUGCAAACAUUGACAUCACCAAGAUCCGACAGCUGAAGCUGGAUGAUAUCAGAAGAUCAUAUUUUUUUGUAUUUUUUAUAAUAACAGCCUUCUUUGGGACGGGGAAUAUAGCUUCCAUUAACAGUUUCGACCCAGCGUCCGUUUAUUGUUUCCUCACCGUCUUCAACCCCUUCAUCAUGGGAGGCCUGAUGAUGUGGAAGGUUAUCAUUCCAUUCAUAAUAGUGAUGUGUACGUUUGAGACCAUCCAAGUUGCAACUCAGCUUUCAUCAAGAAGUCUGUUCCUCAUCGUCCUGGUCAUCUCCGACUUGAUGGCACUGCACUUUUUCUUUCUGGUGCAGGACUACGGCAGCUGGUUGGACAUUGGCACAAGCAUUAGCCAUUAUGUGAUUGUGAUGUCGAUGACCAUCUUCCUCAUGCUGCUCAGUGUUGUAACACACAUCUUCACCUCCCAAAGACUCACCCUGUGGAGGAGGACCAAGAUGCACUUCCCCUAAAUGAACGUGCACACACACACUGGUUUCCAAACCAAAUGUUUAGUAUUUAUUUAACUUUUUUGCUUGUUCGUUUGCUUCGUUUUAGGACUCAAUUUACAGUGUAGCACUGUCCAUAACUCUCACACCAUGUGGGAUCAUUUGUACUUAUAUUUCUUAAUUAGUCAAAUGCGUUAAGUUUUCUUCUCAGAAAUGCUUGAAGAAUUGAACACAUUGUUAUCUCUGAAAGUGUUUACCAUAGAGAAAUACAAGUAUAGACAAAGAUCAAAAUCACACUUAGAAAAUACUGAGUUCUUUAUCUGUACAGUUGUUGUCAAAGUUAUACAUUUUUAAAUUGUAAUCAGGAUUUUUCUUACUGUGUUGAUACAUGCUUUUAAUAGGACAUUUUACAGAGUGUACCAAGACUUUUGCACUGUAUUCUUUUCUACACCA